GUUGAUGUUGAUGUUUGUCGCCGAUCGCCGAUAUCGAAUCGAAUUGGGCAUUUUGAAAUAAUACUGUCAUCUAGUGGCUUUUUGGGUGAUAUUAAAUAUAUUAUUCCUUGAUGAGUUUAUUUAUAAGUUAUUACUUAUUCAUGAAUUAAAUAUAGUUUGGUGUGUAACUGUGAAUAUCCCUUAAAUCUAAAUGAUUAUUUCAAAACUUAUGUAUGGAAUCAGUAGUCAAUUUACCUUACUACUUGUUUUUGAACCGUCAACUCAUGCAAUAUUUAAAGAAUUAAUAGAUUUAAAGCUACUGUAGUCGAUAAAAAUAUGAAAUAAUAUUCAUUAAUAAAAAAUAAAAGCCAUCUUUACUCAUGGAUUAAGUUAAAAUUUCUCACAAAAAGUGAAUCAACUCUUUGAACUCUGAAAGGGUGAAGUGGAACACAGCUUAUAAUCGAAGAACUGUGGCUAAAUAGCGUGCAUGAUGGCGGUUGAGGGCGGCGAGGCAACUAGCUGUGGCAUGGAGUCUGAGGGUGUCGAGGGCCAAGAGAAGGACACCGCAGACGGUACAACCCCCACCAGCACCAAUACCCCCACCACCACCACAAAUAGCACCACUUCCAAUAGCACAACCACCAACAAUGAAGAGGUGGUGUCCAAGACUUCGCUACUCAGUGAAAUUAGUACGGCAACUACGGACAGUUCUACUGGCACCACUACGGAAACCAGUGCUAGCACGACAACUGUGACUCCUACGACUAAUGGUACUAGUACAACAAGUGGUGCGAAUACUACGGCCAGUAUUACUGGCACAAAUACUACGGCCAGUAUUACUGGCACAGAUACUGCGACCAGUAUUACUGACAAAGAUAUUGCGACCAGUAUUACUGACACAAAUACUACGGCCAGUAUUACUGGUACGAAUACUACAUCCAGUAUUACUGGUACAGGUACUAGCACCUCUACGGCUAGUAGUUCUACCACAGUGACUGGACCCAAUACAGCCAUCGCUACUACUACGGUUACUGGCAACAAUACUACAGCCAGUGCUACUUGCACAAGUAGCACCACUACUACUAGUAGCACGGUGUCUGCUACUGCCACUAUCACUGGAACGGGGACAGCCGCAGACGGCGAACGAGAAGAGGAAGCCGAAGAAGAACAUGAAGAGGAUGGAGAAUUUGUUGAAGAGGACUUUGACGAAAGCAAACCAAAGCCCGGCUGCACGACUGGCCGCGUUGUCACGCUGCAAAUGCUGCUGGCUGCCGACAUCUUGCAACCCGGCGAGGGAACCAUGUCCAUCGAGUAUUUGGGUCAGCGAUUCAUGGGUGAUCUUCUUCCGGAUGGAAAAAUAAAAUCUCUUGAGACUGAUAUAGUGUUUGCGUCGCCCAGCGCCUGGGCGAUUCACUGCAAACGGAUAAUAAACCCCGAAAAGAAAUCUGGCUGUGGAUGGGCAUCAGUGAGGUAUAAAGGGACCAAAUUAGAAAUUUACAAGACUAGAUACUUCAAUAAAAAAAUCUCUGAUCAGAACAAAGAGAACGAAAACACUGAUGAAGAAGAAAUUGAAAUGAAAGCGCCAGCACCAUAUCUCUUGAAAGAGAUAAAAGACAUUCCUCCUCCUGCUCCCGUGCCUCGAAUUGUUGUCAAACAUAGUGUUCUUGGAAAUAGGUCGAGUUUACAUGAUGGCAAUUUAUUGGUGGAAAGCACUCCAUUUUCAACAAUUGGGAAAAUUCAACCGUUUCUUGUGUCAUUGGCAACGAAUGCCGCCCUUGUCAUGGACUUGCAUUGUCAUCUAACCACAUCGGAAGUGGUGGGUUAUCUAGCUGGCUACUGGGACGUCAAUGGACACAACCUAGCGAUCACACACGCGUUCCCGUGCCGCUGUCGGCUGGGAGACAAGGAGUCGGCGCCCAUGAUGGAGGCCGAGAUCUGCAAGGCACUGGAGCAGCGGCGACUCACUCUGGUCGGCUGGUACCACUCCCACCCGUACGCCCCCGCCACCCCCACCAUCCGCGACAUCGACUCCCAACUAGAGUACGAAAUCAAAAUGAAGGGCAACAACGAUGCCAGCUACACGCCUUGCGUUGGCUUCAUCUGCUCGCCUUACCACAAAGAAAACACGUCACUGGAGUCGGUGAUGACCUGCUAUUGGGUGAUUCCUCCUCCUGAGAACAAGCCUAAUGAGUAUGGCAAGCCAAUGAUGAUGUCCUACAGUGUCCUUCAAGACCAGUAUCUUUCAAAAGACGCUCUAACAGAAAUGAAAAAGUGUGCCGAAUUCUACAAAGUGGAUCAGGACUUUGUGAAUUUCUCUGAGAAAUUUAAAAAUGGCGUGUCAUUUUUAGAGAAACUGAAGACGACACUGAACUCGAAAAUGCCCCGAGACCAGGCAGACGGCAGUCUGUGGAACUACCUGAGCGAGCUGCUGUGUGCGGGCAGCACAGGAGUCUCCACACCGCCCAAGAUCACCACCCCUCCCCCGCACCCGCUCUCCCUCCCCUCCCACUCCUUCCUGGUGCCAUCCUCGCUGCCCAUCAACAUCCCCAGCACCAGCAAGAGUGCAGGGGGGUCCCUGCUGGGGGCCGAACUGGCCAAUGCCUUGUUUGGCAGUGGCAAGUUUCCGUCCCCUGCCUCAUUGAUGAGCUUGUCGUCGAUCUUCCCAGCACCGCAGCCGGUGUCAAAUCACAGUACGAAGAGUAUCCUCAAAUCGUCACCGUCUCCCGCCAAAAUCUCGAAGACUGAGGACAGUGGCACGUCAACCUCCGUAUCGUUCCCCAUCCACACCAACACAUCAAAACAUCACUCGCUGCAGGUCUCUUCCCAGCUCCAAUCCCAGCUGCACUCGCAUCUGCAGUCUCAACUGCAGUCACAGUUGCAUUCCCAGCUGAAGUCGCAGCUGCACUCUGUGGCGCACAUGCAGAAUCAAACACAAACCUCCACGUCACAGACUGUGCCCACAUUACCCUCCUACAUGAGCAGUUUGGACAAGAAUUGUACAGUAACUAGCAAACAGUCCAGCUGAACUUGUGGAGGCGGCAGUGCGGAAUCAAUGGUAAACAUUGCAUUGACGAACAAAUCCAUUACUGCAUUGAUAUCACAUUGAUACAAUGUACUAAUUUAAUUUACAAUAAAUUAUUUCAUAGUAACUUUCAAACAGUCCAUCUGAACUUGUGGAGGCGGCAGUGUCAAUGGUAAACAUUACAUUGACGAACAAAUCCAUUACUACAUUGCUAUCACAUUGAUACAAUGUACUUAUUAUAAUGUAAUGCUAUUACAUUACUAUCGAUGUGAUUUACAAUUAUUCACUUUGGUAAUAUGAGUAUGUGCUUUAUUAGAAUUAUUAGGGUUUAGACUAUUGUAGUAACAUUUUGCAAUAAAUUGGACCAUUAGAGUUUUGUGUGAAAUAAUAAUAAUUGUUGAAGAAUGUUGACAGAAAUGUAGUGUGUCAUACAACGAUAUGAGAUGUAUCAGGUGUGACCUGAGUGCUAUUGACACCAAACCUGAGCCAGCCAGGUCACUCCAUAUUUAUUUAUUCAAAAAGCAUGAACUUUGACCUUUGCUAGUGGUUAAGGCUACCUGGUUAUAUUCCCCUCCUAAGUGAUAUUCACUUGUUCGAACAACUUACAUAAUGAUUUUUUAUGUAUUUGAUAUUAAAUCCACAAGUUUAGGUGAGCUAUGAUUAAAAUAAAUGCCAAGUGGAAUGGUAAACGGCUUAUUGAUAGCUUAUCAAAAUUUUAAGCCAUACAAGAGGUAUACUUAUCUAGUAAUCGACUGACUAUUCUACGGUGGCUCACCAAAACAUCGAAAUCAUUGAAGGCUGUGUCGCCAAAUUUUUCACAUUCCAGUUUUCUAUAGAGGAAAUGCUCAUUUUAAUAAGUGUGAGAAUAGGUAGUUUGAGUACAAUUCUCAAACUUUUGAAUAUUAACUUUUUAAAUUUUUUAUUGUGGAUGAUGCCCACAUAAGCUUUUAGUUUGUGCGUGGGUAAUAGAAAGUUUGUGGAUGAUUUGAUGCUAUGAUCAAACGUCCAUGCCUUCCGGCGGGAUUCAAACCCACGACCAGGCAGCACUAGCAGACUGAAGGGUGCCCCAAUCAAAAUCAUUCGAUAGAUAACACAUAACAAACGUUGAAAUAAUAUGAGCAAACAUAAUAUAGGCCUAUGAGUUGUAUGACAUAUUCAUGUCAAUUGAAACCCAGCAAUUCAUCGUCUUUCUUGAAACGUUUCAAAAUGUUUACAGAAGUAAAGAGCAUGUAAUUUAUUGGAUUAGCUGAAUUCUAAUAGAUAUAUUAUUUUGGUAUGUUUUUAUAUUUGUGAUGAAUGACUGUGUAUCAAUAGCUAAUGUUAAGGUAGUAUAAAGUGUCAUAGCAUAUUGUAUUAUCCGUUCUGAUAUCAAUGGAUUUUUAUUCCAUACCUGAGCGCAGGAACGCUCAGGGUAGUUGUUUAAAAUUAAUGAUCUUUCACUUCUAGUUUAAGCUGGGAAGAAUUGGUUGGAAGUGUGUGGAGCAGGUCAUCCCACUCUUCAAAUCAAUUAGUUUCCUGUUUUUGAGCAAUAUAUCUUUCAAUUCAUGAGAUAAAAAAUUGUAUAUUGUUAAUCUUUUAUUGAAAACUUAUAUUUUUGAAUAUCAAUUAAUAUUAGUAGUAAAAUCUUCGAUUAAUAUUCUGCGGAUCAAAUAAUAUUGUCAUGUACUUAUCUUGUUUCAAAAAUUGCACUGUCUAUUUUAUUUUAAUUACGGAUUUUUCUAUCUUCUUUGUUCUUUUGAAUAAGAAAUUCUCUCAUCACAUUUAGAUCGAUGAAGUCUCUGAACUGUAUGUUUCCAGAUAUUUGUGUAGAUAUUUACAUUAAUUUAUACAAAAUCUCAAACUUAUCUCACAAUAUGAUUGUGAAUAUUAAUUUUUCUAUCAUAACGUGUCUUAUAUAGCUAGUUGUAUAUAGUUUUUUCUAUAUUAUUGGACUCAUUUAGUGAUGAUAUAAGUGUUUGAUAUUGUGAUAUUUUCCAACUGAUUCUUUUCAACAGUAUUAUAAUUUUACAGUUAAUUUAUAGUUUUAUAAAGACACAAUUUUUCAAAUCUUAGAUUAUGAAAUGUAUGUAUAGCAACAAGUAGAGGAGAACGACUCAAAAGACCAACGUUCAACGGUCAACAAAAGAUAAAUUAGAUUUGAAGCUUUGUAAGGAAUUAUAACUAAUGUUGUUUUCAAAUAAAUCAUUUUCACAAGACAUAA